UGUACUAACAUCUUAAACUUGUGGUUUGAUUAGCAUUUUUGCACACACUGGUCGUAUCAUGGCUGAGAAUGGUAUUAUGCACCCACCUGAGAGCAAGUGGAGCCCGUGGGGUGUUCCUAUUUUUUUUCUUUUUAAAGAUGCAAGUCUUGUUUUCAAAUUGGAUUCGCUUGGACUGGAGAUACUAAGGAUAGCAUUGCCUGCUGCCUUGGCCUUAGCUGCUGAUCCCAUUGCUUCUCUCAUUGACACUGCCUUCAUUGGCCGCAUAGGACCGGUGGAACUAGCUGCUGUAGGAGUUUCCAUCGCCAUAUUCAAUCAGGCAUCAAGGAUUACCAUUUUCCCUCUGGUUAGCAUAACAACCUCUUUUGUAGCUGAAGAAGACACACUUGCAAAGAUUAACCCUGAAGCUGCAAAAUUUGAGAAUUUGGAAAAUAAUGGAGCAAAACACAAAGAAUCGGAAACAGAUGAUGUAGAGGCUGCUAACAUGGAAAACGUUGAUACCAAAGAGCCUGAGGAUGCUAAAACUCUCUCUCUCAUUGAUACCAAAACUGAAACUGCCCAAGUGAAAAAGGGGAAAAGGCAUAUCCCUUCAGUGUCAACCGCCUUGAUUCUUGGUUCCAUGCUUGGUCUCCUUCAAGCUAUAUGCCUUGUAUUUGGUGCAAAACCUCUCCUGGGUGUCAUGGGUGUCAAGCAUGGUUCCCCAAUGCUAAGCCCAGCACUAAAGUACUUGACUUUGAGGUCAUUAGGAGCUCCUGCAGUUCUUCUCUCUUUAGCCAUGCAAGGUGUUUUCCGAGGAUUUAAGGACACAAAAACACCUUUAUAUGCAACUGUUGCAGGAGACCUAACAAAUAUCGUAUUGGACCCCAUAUUUAUCUUUGUCUUAAAGCUUGGUGUCAGUGGUGCAGCCAUAGCACAUAUCCUUUCUCAGUAUUUGAUUUCACUCAUCCUCUUGUGGCGAUUGAUGAAACAAGUCAGUCUCUUACCCCCAAACAUGAAAGACCUGCAAUUCGGACGAUUUCUUAAAAAUGGGAUUCUUUUAUUAGCAAGAGUAAUAGCAGUGACAUUCUGUGUGACACUGGCAGCCUCAAUGGCUGCUCGGCUUGGUCCAACGCCCAUGGCGGCAUUUCAAAUCUGCCUACAGGUCUGGAUGACAUCGUCUCUUCUUGCCGAUGGUUUAGCUGUUGCCGGACAGGCAAUUCUGGCGUGUGCAUUUGCGGAGAAGGACUACAAGAAGGUGACAGCCACGGCAUGUCGAGUAAUGCAGAUGAGUUUUGUGCUUGGUGUGGGGCUUGCUGUUGUGGUUGGACUGGGUUUAUACUUUGGGUCGGGUAUCUUUUCCAAAGAUGCUACUGUUCUUCAUAUCAUCGCAAUAGGAGUACCGUUUGUGGCAGCAACACAACCAAUAAACUCCAUAGCAUUUGUGUUGGACGGAGUGAACUAUGGAGCAUCAGACUUUGCAUUCACAGCAUACUCCAUGAUAUUAGUAGCAGGAGCAAGCAUUGCAUCGCUAUUCAUUCUCUCUAAAACCAACGGUUUCGUAGGGAUAUGGGCUGCAUUAACCAUUUACAUGGCUCUUCGCAGCUUGGCCAGUGUUUGGAGGAUAGGGACUGGAACUGGGCCAUGGCGCUUCCUAAGAGGCACAUCUAUCGCAUAG